CAAGUGUUUUUUGUGUUUUUUUUACGUCUGCUGGUACGGUAGGCGUGAUAACGUGAGCGGGUAGCCAGGGCUUGAAACACGCUGAUUCUAAUUGGCUGUAAUAUUAUAAUAUUAUAAUUUAGCAAAGGGCGGUGAAGUUUAGUAUAUGUAAUUAUAAACUACAACAGUAACGCGGCAAUCGUUUGUGCGUCUGCCAAAACGGGAAAACAAGUGUGAUCGUUGUGUCCAUUCGUAUUUGUUUGUGAUUGAAGGAUUUUGUGAAUUCAACUUGGUGUAAACUUGGUGACAAGGACUGGGGCAGGUGGACCACAAACUAGAACGGGGUGUUCUAUGCGUGACUGGGCCGGAGAGCGCUGACCAGUUGACCGGCCGAGCUGCACGAUGAGGGUUUUCGGGUCAGUGGUCACGAUGGUCAAAGUCUGUCUCUUCUUCCUCAACAUCUACGUGCUCACCAUGGUCGUCGUCGUCGUACUGGGAAAAUGGCCGCUGUUCAGCAGUAACGGGACCAUCCGAAAAUACGACGGCUCGCACUUGAUAGUAACUCGUGAACUGAACGAAAAACAUUCCCACGACGAGCACAUCGCACCAGUUACUAAACAACCAGGUGGACUGAAGGCUAACGAUAUCUCUCCAAUGAGGGAGAAUAAGAAGCUCGUCUCGGAUGUCGUGGAGACGGAGACCAGGGUGACUACUUUAAACUACUGGUGUGACCGGAUCCGGCCUCAGACUGCACGCGCCGUCGACCUCGACGUCUUCCACCUUCAACAGAUUCUCGUCGAUGACGACCACAAAAUGCUCUACUGUCAGAUACCGGAAGUUGCGCAGACGGACUGGCUAAGAAUACUUGUCUUUCUGACUGGGAAGGUGAAAGUGAAUAACCAUUUAUCAAUGACGUCGUAUGACGUCCAUUCGAAAUACAACAAAUAUUUAAAAAAGCUCAGCGAUUUUUCAGUUAAGGAACGACAGAGGAGAAUAAAGGACUAUUAUAAAUUCGUGUUUGUGCGCGAACCAAUAGAAAGGCUCGUGGGUGUGUACAGGAACAAGUUUUAUGCAAAAUACAGCACAUACUUUCAUCAGACUUUUGGAAGAAAAAUUAUCAAGAAAUACCGGAAGAAUCCUUCCAAAGCGUCUCUGCUGAAGGGAAAUGACGUCACAUUUGCUGAAUUCAUUCAGUAUUUGGUGGAUUCCGAACGUGACGACAGGGAACCUCUGAACGAGCACUGGGAGCAGUACUACAAACACUGUCACCCGUGUUUGAUCCGCUAUAAUUUCGUCGGGACCUUCGAAAAUCUACAGCGUGACGUGCAAUACGUUUUGAAAAAGACGUCUGCUGUUCAGAAGCUGAAGCCUCCAUUGACGUCACCAGUUUCUCCGUAUUCCGAAAGCUUUUUGACUUCUAUGUACAAAUCUGUUUCGACUACAAAUAUACGGAAACUGUGGAAGAUGUAUUAUCCAGACUAUAAUUUAUUCAGUUAUCAGUAUCCUACAGUGUUAGACAAACUUUUAAAGUCCGCAAAGGUUUUCGAAGAUUACUGACAGUUCUGGUGUUAUUCCUCGUUUCAAAAAAUGGGCUAGACAGUGGUGUAGUUGUGUGUGUGUGUGUGUGUGUGUGUGUGUGAGAGAGAGAGAGAGAGAGAGAGAGAGAGAGAGAGAGAGAGAGAGAGAGAGAGAGAGAGAGAGAGAGAGAGUCUAUGGAAUAUGUUUGCUCAAAGGCUGAACUGAUGUAAUUAUAUAUACGUAUUUCUUUAAUUGUCCUGAAAAAAAUCUCUUUAUUCAGCCAGCUACAUUGACUUUAUAAUAUCGUCGGAAAAUCUCACUCUAUUCAGCCAGCUGCAUAUCAUAGACAUUAUAACCACUUGUUACGAUAUUUUCAUGUUUAACUGAAUUAUAGUUACGUUGCCAUAAAUCAGGGUGAAAAAACUAACGCUGGUUUCUUAACAUGCUUAUAUGUAUAUGCCAUCAAAUCAAAUGACAAAUCCCGCAGACGACAAUAGUAACAUAUUUGGCUAAAAUUGUUUGGAUCAACAUAUACAGCGGAUGCCAUGAAUAUAAAUACUACCACCCCUCACCCUUAAAGUAAAUCAGGAGACAUCUGGGUUGAGCUUCACGUUUCAGAGAUAACUGGAAGCGUCUUUCACAACCCUAGUUCCGCACACAGAUUGUCAACCUAUGUUUAGUAGGAUCUCGCGCUUACCCCUAACCCUAAGCCGAUCCAUAUGAGGGAUCUCGUGCCCAACCCUAACCCUAAGCCGAUCCAUAUGAAGGAUCUCGUGCCCAACCCUAACCCUAAGCCGAUCCAUAUGAGGGAUCUCGUGCCCAACCCUAACCCCAAGCCGAUCCAUAUGAGGGAUCUCGUGCCCAACCCUAACGCUAAGCCGAUCCAUAUGAGGGAUCUCGUGCCCAACCCUAACGCUAAGCCGAUCCUUAUGAGGGAUCUCGUGCUCAACCCUAACCCUAAGCCGAUCCAUAUGAGGGAUCUCGUGCCCAACCCUAACCCUAAGCCGAUCCAUAUGAGGAAUUCCGGUUUACAGUGUUCGGGGUUACAGGACCUUAAUGGCCCCUCUUUGUAGCAGUAGUAAUGAGUUUUAUAUAGUUUCACACACGUGUGUGUGUGUGUGUGUGUGUGUGUGUGUGUGUGUGUGUGCGUGUAUA